CCACGCGCGCCGCCGCCGCCGCGCCCCAGCGCCCCAACGCGCCCUCGCCCAACGACAGCUUCAUCACGCCCACCAACGCCUACUACGUCGACGAGAUGCGCCGCAUGUGGCAGCAGGACCCGAGCAGCGUGCACGGCUCGUGGGCCACGUACUUCAGCGGCAUGCAGGCCGGCCUCAGCAGCGAGAAUGCCUUCCGCCCGCCACCGACGCUCAUGCCGCUGCCCAUCGAUGCGCCGCCCAUCGACACGUCGUCGUACGAGGGCGGCUCGGCCGUCAACGACCACCUCAAGCUGCAGCUGCUUGUGCGCGCCUACCAGGUGCGCGGCCACCGCAUCGCCGUGCUCGACCCGCUCGGCAUCCUGCACCCCGACCUCUCCGGCGACGUGCCCGCCGAGCUCACCAUCGAGCACUACGGCUGGACGGAGAAGGACCUCGACCGCGAGAUGCAGCUCGGCCCCGGCCUGCUGCCCAACUUUGUCGCCGCGGGCAAGAGCAAGAUGACGAUCCGCGAGGUCAUCGACGCCGUGAAGCGCAUCUACUGCGGCUCCAUUGGCAUCCAGUACGUGCACAUUCCCGACCGCGAGAAGUGCGACUGGCUGCGCGAGCGCAUCGAGACGCCGCAGCCGUUCAAGUACAGCAUCGAGGAGAAGCGCACCAUCCUCGACCGCCUGAUCUGGUCGGACAGCUUCGAGCGCUUCAUCAGCUCCAAGUACCCCAACGAGAAGCGCUUCGGCCUCGAGGGCGGCGAGUCGCUCAUCCCCGGUGUCAAGUCGAUGAUCGACCGCACCGUCGAGCACGGCGUCGAGUCGAUCACGAUGGGCAUGCCGCACCGCGGCCGCCUCAACGUGCUGGCCAACGUGAUCCGCCGCCCCAUCGAGGGCAUCCUGCACCAGUUCGCCGGCAAGACGGACGACGGCGAGGGCGGCGGCGACGUCAAGUACCACCUGGGCGCCAACUACGUGCGCCCGACGCCCUCGGGCAAGAAGGUGGCGCUGUCGCUCGUGGCGAACCCGUCGCAUCUCGAGGCCGAGGACCCUGUCGUGCUCGGCAAGACGCGCGCGCUGCAGGACUUUGCCAACGACAAGGAGCACACGACGAGCAUGGCGCUGCUCAUGCACGGCGACGCCGCCUUUGCCGGCCAGGGCGUCGUGUACGAGACGAUGGGCAUGUACAACCUGCCCAACUACGCCACCGGCGGCACGAUCCACAUCGUCGUCAACAACCAGAUCGGCUUCACGACGGACCCGCGCUUUGCGCGCUCGACGCCGUACCCGUCGGACAUUGCCAAGAGCAUCGACGCGCCCAUCUUCCACGUCAACGGCGACGACGUCGAGGCGGUGACGUUUGUGUGCCAGAUGGCGGCCGACUGGCGCGCCAAGUACAAGAAGGACGUCGUCAUCGACCUCGUCUGCUACCGCCGCCACGGCCACAACGAGACGGACCAGCCGAGCUUCACGCAGCCGCGCAUGUACGAGGCGAUUGCCAAGCAGGAGACGACGCUGACGCAGUACGCGCGCCAGCUUGUCGACGAGGGCAGCUUCACGCAGAAGGACAUUGACGAGCACAAGAAGUGGGUGUGGGGCAUGCUCGAGGAGGCGGCCGAGAAGAGCAAGGACUACCAGGUCGGCGAGCGCGAGUGGCUCUCGUCGGCGUGGGACGGCUUCCCGACGCCCAAGGAGCUGGCCGAGCAGAUUCUCGACCACAAGGACACGGGCGUCGAGAAGGAGCGCCUCGAGCACAUUGGCCACGCCGUCGCCUCGUACCCCGAGGACUUCAACGUGCACCGCAACCUGGCGCGCAUUCUCAAGAACCGCGCCAAGACGAUCGACGAGGGCGAGGGCAUCGACAUGUCGACGGCCGAGGCGCUCGCGUUCGGCGCGCUUGCCAUGGAGGGCUACUACGUGCGCGUGUCGGGCCAGGACGUGGAGCGCGGCACCUUUUCGCAGCGCCACGCCGUGCUGCACGACCAGAAGAACGAGUCGAUCCACGUGCCGCUGAAGCACCUGAGCGAGGACCAGGCGCCGUUUGUGAUCUGCAACUCGUCGCUGUCCGAGUUCGGCACGCUCGGCUUCGAGCUCGGCUUCAGCAUUGUCGACCCCAAGAACCUGACGAUGUGGGAGGCGCAGUUCGGCGACUUUGCCAACAACGCGCAGUGCAUCAUCGACCAGUUCAUCGCGUCGGGCGAGCGCAAGUGGCUGCAGCGCAGCGGCCUCGUCAUGAACCUGCCGCACGGCUACGACGGCCAGGGCCCCGAGCACUCGUCGGGCCGCCCGGAGCGCUUCCUGCAGCUGUGCGACGACCACCCCUUCAUCUUCCCCAGCCCCGAGAAGAUGAACCGCCAGCACCAGGACUGCAACAUGGCCAUCGUCUACUGCACGACGCCCGCCAACGUCUUCCACAUGCUGCGCCGCCAGGUGCACCGCGACUUCCGCAAGCCGCUGAUCAGCUUCUUCUCCAAGUCGCUGCUGCGCCACCCCGAGGCGCGCUCCAAGCUGGCCGACAUGCUUCCCGGCACGGGCUUCCAGCGCUACCUGCCCGAGCAGCACCUUGAGAGCACCUCGGAGAAGGACGGCCUUGUUGCACCCGACGAGAUCAAGCGCCACAUCAUCACGUGCGGUCAGACCUACUUUGCGCUCCUCAACUGGCGGCGCGAGAACAACAUCCGCGACGUGGCCAUUUCGCGUCUCGAGCAGAUCAGCCCCUUCCCGUACGACAUGAUCACGCCGCACCUUGACAAGUACAAGAACGCCGACCUCGUGUACUGCCAGGAGGAGCCGCUGAACGGGUGAGCCCACGUGGAGGAGGGGCUUCGCUCGCCUGGCGCAGCCGCUCACCUCUUGUUCCCUCUCGCAGUGGCGCAUGGUCGUACGUGCAGCCGCGUCUGCGCACCGCAUGCCGCCACACGGAGCACCACAAGGACACGCUGGCCAUCUUUGCCGGCCGACCACCGUACGGUGAGUGUUUGGCUGGAAGCGCUGCGCGUGCCUGCAGCGGGCCCCAUGCUGACUGCUCCCGCCUUGUCCAGCCUCCGUCGCCACGGGCUCCAAGAAGGCACACGAGGCAGAGGUGAAGCGCUACCUCACCGACGCCUUCGACAUGAGCCGUGUCGCCUCGGACGGCGCGU